UACUCUAGCAUAAUUUCAUAUCCUCCUGUCUUGGUGUAGAUAGAUGUGGUAUUGACUUCAUAACCAUGAUGAUAGACGGUAUGCGCAUUACUGGGAAGAAGAUAUCUAAUCCAAUCAGAUUCAUGCUUUGAGACGUUUGUAUUUUAGCUGGGAAAAAAGAUUCACCUGCUUCGGUCAUGAAAAUUUAGAUAACAUCAGAGUCAAGAGCUUGAAUAGUGCUCAUUGAAAUUGACUGCAUGGGCUAGCUCCUCUGAUCCCUUCCGAUGGCUGAGGCAGCGUUAUUAUAGUGGCCGAAGGCCAAGACUGGGGAUGCUUUGAAGACUGUGAUUACAACUUCCUUCAUAAUUCGAACUUGCUUUUUGUCAUUAUCCUGCAUAUAUAGUAUGUGUGAUCAGUCGGUUUGAACUUUCCAAGUUAAAUCCAUUGCAAAUUUGUAUUUAGCAAUGGGAACUGAAGAGUCGAAAGAUCCUUUCAAAGGGGUGGACUGGAAAGCUGUUGGCGGUGACAUACAAAAGGAUCCUGCUGCUAAACCAACUGUAAAGAAGCGGUUGCCUAGAAAGAUUAGGCAAAUUCCAGACUAUUACUUCCUUCCUCGAAGAUCUUUGCCCUUGACUCUUGCUUUUUACGGGGCAUGCGUUGCCGGUGGAAUUGGUGCAGGAAUGUUGGUGGAGACCUGGAUAAAUAAGAAAGUCAAAGAGGAUGGAGGCGUCAUAUGGGAGUUAGACAAGUAGAUGCAGUAUGCUGUGAUCUUCUGAUAUUAGUUUCGACUCUUUGAAUUGGCUGAGAUCAACGGCUGGAUCGAGCGACUGUGCGUCGAUGAACAGCAGUCGCCGGUUGAUCGACGAAAGUGAUGAGUUUGAUGUCAUCGGAGGCGGUCUUAUGGCGGUGGUCGCUGGUGCAGAGAGCCCUGCAGAAUAGCAAAACUCUUUUUGCUCAGCCACCACAUCAUUUGCUUGAUUGAAACUUACACAUCUGAUUGUGGAAAUGAGAACCCACGUUUCAUUAUUACCAUACACUUGCGUUUGUGCUUAAUCAUGUGCAGUGCCGCAUAAAUGAAACUAAUUAAUC